AUGCAAGAAAACAACAAUUUUGAAACUAUCAUUAGCACAUGGCGUCGUUUGUCUGGGGAACAAAUAGAAACUGCUGUAGUAAGCAUGUCUGGAGAUUCACCUGAUUACCAACUGCACAAGAAAAAAGAAGAGGAGACUGAUUUGUUGAUGCCGGAGCGGACAAAAGCACCAAUUACAAGCAUAGCUACUGCUGGUUCAGCAUUAGCUGCUACGGAAGUGCCAUCAGACAGUACUGUUACUGGAAAGCCUGAGGAAAAACAAGAAUUUAUUAGACAUGACAAGAAAGAUGAAAGCAAAGAAGCUGCAGGAGAUACAAACAUUAAAGAACCUAAGAGUGAGAAGAGCGAAGAUUACCUUGAUGAUGACAAGCUGACAAAUAAAUCAGAAAAGAUUGACAAUGAUACUGAGAAGUUUGUAGACAAGGUAGAUAGUGUGUAUCUUCGACCACCCCCACCGCACAAGGCCCGUUCAACUGCAUCUACAGUCGAGGAAGAAGACUGCGGCAUCAAGUGCCUGUACUACACAAUCCAGUGUUGUGAUUGUGUCCUCAUGUAA